CGCCAGGAACGACCCGCUCCGGGUUUUACAAACCUCUCCCCGCCGCAGUGGGAGGAAGUUGAACCACAAAGCGAGUUGUGCCAGUGUGCUAGCGAAAAGUAUAUCAGAAGUAUACUGAGGGGGGUCUUCAGCUGACACAUGUGCCAUAUUGGAACUGGAAAACGAACAACUUAAUCGAGACGAGUGAACGAAACGUUUGGCACACGGCCGCUCGGGAAGUAGGGGACCGACACUUGCUUAAGAUACUCAGGCGAGAGUGAGCGCCUCUAGCCUAGUCUCCGGAGGAGGAGAGUCCUCCUAACACUCGGGUUAACUGACCAAGCAGCUAUGGAUUAUUUUGUGCCAUUUUGCCCUUAUUUUUGACUCCACUACACUUCGGAACACUGCUUUUCUGUUUUUGGACACGCCGCAAGACUUCCCCCAUGCGAGCGUCCAGUUUACUCGCAGACGUUAGCUUAAGUAAAUUUUUCUGAAAUCGAGCCAGUGUUAACUGUUGGUGCCAGCUUGUGACUGUGUUUGCUACUGCCAACGAGGGCAUUUUAAAGUAUCUGCUGAGAUUUAAAAAAAAAAAAAUCCAAAAUAGAUGUGCGGGCGGAUUAAUUACUCCAGUCGUUAGUUAGCCUACUGGUUAGCAGGUUUCAUUUUGCUAGCUAGCGUGGUGGCUAACCAGCAGGCGAACCCAAAUAUCGAUAUUAAGAUUAGGCUAAAACGUCGCUUUCGGACGUUUGGAUUUGGUCGGUGAUUAACCGAUUAUAUCCGCUUGCUUGGACAAGAUUUGGUGCUAAACCUCUUAAAGUGUUAAUCCACAUCUUUUCUGGCGACAUUUUUGCGAUUGAUGAGCCGAUAAGGCGGAACAUUUGAGCCUACACAGGAAGCCAACCAGCAGCUGCGACGGCAACAUAAACAGCAGCGGUGUGUGGAUUUUAGGGAAUGCUAAUCAUGAGUCGUAGCUCGUCUUCAACCUGUGUCUGUGUCACUUUUAUUUGUGCCAAUACGCUCCUGCAUUUUUGAUGAUAAGGACGCCGACCUAGCACCCCGAUGGUACACACUUCACCCUGUCACCAGUAUCCGUCCUCCUGAAUUAACACGUGUUUUAUUAAUAUAAAACGGGUUUUUGUCGAGGUAAAGAAGGAAACGUUGCAAUUUUUUUCUGUGCAGCCACUGAAAUUUGACAAAUUUUCGACAGCUCGGUGGUUUACGUUUGAAGGACAAUCACGAAACACAUGCCGCACUUAAGACAAACUAGUCGUUUGGGCACAUUUCCCACAAGAGGACCAGGGAAAUCCCCAGAGACCUGUAGGAUUUGACAGCUGUCUCCACAUCCAGCAUCUGGUGUGUGAAACCAGUCUGUGAGACCUUUCACAUCACUAUAAAGCGAGGAAGUCCUGGACUCAAACCCAGACCUUCAGUCCUUUCCUUGCAUUAUUUCCCCCCGCUCCUCACAAGACGUCAGAUUUUUUUAACUAAAUGGGAUUACAAGGACGGUGACCUAGCGGGCCUGCUGACUGGUUUUUGAGUAACCUACCACCCAAUGUUUUCCCUCCUGAAUUUCCUUUUUGUGUCACAGUGAUGGUAGUUUGAGGCGAAGUGCACAGACUACAGCCGGAGACAACGACACCAUUCCCGUGGAUGGUCAGCCCUGCCGUGCGCUCAGCUGGCCCUGUCACGCACCUAGGCCCUUGAUGUUGGACAUAUCUUGUCAAAGACAUUGUUUUUAAUUCCCUAAGACAAAACCCAUCCCCGUUUUUUAUUGAUUUGGUCGUCCCAGGGUCGAAAGAUGGCGGACCUCGAAGCAGUGCUCGCCGAUGUCAGUUAUUUGAUGGCGAUGGAGAAGAGCAAAUCUACUCCAGCGGCCCGGGCGAGUAAGAAAAUCAUCCUGCCUGAACCCAGCAUUCGCAGUGUGAUGCAGAAGUACCUCGAGGAGAGAGAUGAGCUGACUUUUGACAAAAUUUUCAACCAGAAAAUUGGCUUCCUGCUGUUCAAGGACUUCUGUCUGAACGAGAUCGACGAGGCCGUGCCACAGCUCAAGUUCUAUGAAGAAAUUAAGGACUAUGAGAAGCUGGACUCGGAGGAGGAGAGGCUGAGCCGCAGCCGGCAGAUUUAUGACGGCUACAUCAUGAAGGAGCUCCUGUCCUGUUCACAUCCAUUCUCUAAAAAAGCAGUGGACCAUGUGCAGAGUCACUUGGCCAAGAAGCAGGUUCCCCCAAAUCUAUUCCAGCCAUACAUAGUGGAGAUCUGUGACAGCUUGAGAGGGAAUAUCUUCCAGAAGUUCAUCGAGAGUGAUAAAUUUACUCGUUUCUGCCAGUGGAAGAACGUGGAGCUGAACAUCCACCUGACCAUGAACGACUUCAGCGUCCAUCGGAUCAUCGGCAGGGGCGGCUUUGGAGAGGUGUAUGGCUGCAGGAAGGCCGACACGGGGAAGAUGUAUGCCAUGAAGUGUCUGGACAAGAAGAGGAUCAAGAUGAAGCAGGGGGAGACUCUAGCACUCAAUGAGAGAAUCAUGCUGUCAUUAGUCAGUACAGGGGACUGUCCGUUCAUCGUGUGUAUGACGUACGCCUUCCACACCCCCGACAAGCUCUGCUUCAUCCUGGACCUCAUGAACGGGGGUGACCUGCACUACCACCUGUCUCAGCACGGCGUGUUCAGCGAGAAGGAGAUGCGUUUCUAUGCUGCUGAAAUCAUCCUGGGGCUGGAGCACAUGCACAACCGCUUCGUCGUCUACAGAGACCUCAAGCCAGCGAAUAUCCUAUUGGACGAACAUGGUCACGUCCGUAUCUCCGACCUGGGCCUGGCCUGCGACUUCUCCAAGAAAAAACCCCACGCCAGUGUUGGCACUCAUGGUUACAUGGCUCCAGAGGUUCUUCAGAAGGGGACAGCGUACGACAGCAGUGCCGACUGGUUCUCCUUAGGCUGUAUGCUCUUCAAACUCCUCCGAGGGCACAGUCCCUUCAGACAGCACAAGACCAAAGACAAACAUGAGAUCGAUCGCAUGACACUCACCAUGAACGUGGAGCUGCCAGACUCCUUCACUGCAGAGCUCAAAGAUCUGCUGGAGGGACUGCUUCAGAGAGACGUAUCCAAGAGGCUUGGCUGCCAGGGCCGAGGAGCCCUGGAGGUGAAGGAGCAUCAGUUUUUUAAAGGCAUCGACUGGCAGCAGGUGUACCUCCAGAAGUACUCUCCUCCUUUAAUCCCUCCCAGAGGAGAGGUGAACGCUGCAGAUGCUUUUGACAUAGGCUCCUUCGACGAGGAGGACACCAAGGGUAUCAAGUUACUGGACAGUGACCAGGAGCUGUACAAGAACUUUCCUCUGGUCAUAUCAGAGCGCUGGCAGCAGGAGGUGGCAGAGACGGUGUACGAAGCCGUCAACUCGGACACGGACAAGAACGAAGCUCGCAAGAGGGCUAAGAACAAGCAGCUGGGCCAUGAGGAGGACUACGCCCUGGGGAAGGACUGCAUAAUGCACGGGUACAUGCUGAAGCUGGGGAACCCGUUCCUGACUCAGUGGCAGCGCCGAUACUUCUAUCUGUUCCCCAACCGCGUGGAGUGGAGGUGCGAGGGCGAGUCACGGCAAAACCUGCUGACGAUGGAGCAGAUUUCGUCGGUGGAGGAAACACAGAUCAAAGACAAGAAGUGUAUCCUGCUGCGCAUCAAAGGAGGGAAGCAGUUUGUGCUGCAGUGUGAGAGCGAUCCGGAGUUUGUGCAGUGGAAGAAAGAGCUGAACGAAGCGUUCACAGAAGCCCAGAAGCUGCUGCGUCGUGCCCCUAAAGUCAUCGGGAAAAGUCAGGCCGGAGUGGUGGAGCUCUCCAAACCUCCCCUCACACACCGCAAUAGCAAUGGCCUGUGAACACACACACAUGCAGUCACACACCCACACACACACACAUAUACACAGCCAAACACACACACUUGACACACACACUGCAUCCCACACUCCCACAACACCUCGAAGUGUGUGUGCGGAUGCCCACCAUCCCCCUGCCGACCACACACUCGCUCCACAUGGCGACCAGUCAUAAGUGUGAUGUAGUUUUUUCCUGCCAUGGGACCUUGCCAGUCACCAAGAGGAAGGACAGACAACGAGGCGAGGAGAGAAAUAAUCGGGAGGACUCAGCAUGUGAAGAACCUCUGCAUGAAUGUGAUGAGGACUAACGCGCGGUCCUCUCUUGUCCCAGUCUCUCUCUUUUCCUUUGUCCUUCCCCGGCAUCCUCCCUGUCUCCCUCACCAACCACCUGGCUCUCUUCAAAUCAGGAGAACAGCAGUGACCUGAUGGCUCCUCCACAGACCCACAGGGCUCAAUGUGAUUACUGUUGGCCUUCUGAGAGGUGUUUCCCUUUGUCUCUCGGAGGCGAUGCAGAUGAGGCCAGGCUUUAGUGGGGAAUGUAUUUUUACAAGAGGAAAAUCAACGAUAAAAGGCUGCUCGACUGGUUCUUCUCAUCACUCUCUCUAGCCAUUCCCCCUGUUACUGAAGUGCAUAAAGUGCCAAUGUCAAUAUUUACUUGAGUCACCCAGGACGGGCCUGCUUUGAUGGCAGGUGUCGCUCCCGGAUGCACAGCGGCCAAGGGCAUUUGUGGUUUUUGUGGGUGUGGGGGUGGUUCAUCAUUCCUUUACAGAAACUGGAAGUACAAGGACCACAGACUCUUACAGAUUGGCUCUUGUACACCCAGUUACCAUAGAGACUGAGAUUUUAUUGGCUAACAAACAGCAGCUGGUUACUAUGGGAACCAUGAAGACUGGUGUACCUGGGGAUGGGUGACCACAGACAGUGGUGUAACUUUAGUGUAUGAAGGCCUCAUUUACAGAAAGAGAUGGCGGUGGAGGGAGGACGGGGCCGUGGAAGUGACUCUAUGUAUAUAAGCAACCCUGUCUCUGUGCAUCUCCAAUGUUUUAGUCUAACGUGUUUGCAUUAUCGAGGACUUCUCUGUCGGUCCGUUUGUGAAUCUUUCCUGGCUUUCAGGGGAGGGAUGAAGAGGAGGAGGCGGAGAAGGCUUGUGUUCCUGCUGGGUGGGGGUGGGGGUGUGAACAGGCAGGAGUCUGACAGCUUUCAAUCACUUGCAGUGCUGCAUUACCUCAGUUGGAUUGUGUCAUGGAGCCGAGACCCUCAUUAGAUGACAAGCACGUACACACUGCAUCAUGUCGCGCAGAUUUUUGGAAAUAAUUCAUCGCCCUGCUCACACAUGAUGAUUUAAAAUUUCAGCGUUGGGCCAGCUGUGGGGGGGAGUCUGAGUGCAGGGGGCUAAUUAAAGGAAGAAUUCACCCUCAAACACCGUGAUCAUAGUCAACAUGGUCUCCCACAUGUUCAAGGCGUUUCAGGUGCUUGGUUUUUUUUUUCCUAUGAAGGGUUGGAAAUCUUUUUUGCACUCAUUCCUGCAACCUGCCUCAUCUACAUGUAGUCCUGUGUGGUUGAUUUGGCCUGCAUUUCCCAGAAUGCCCUUGGACAGCCUGCAGAGAGCAUUUAGCUGUCUUUGACAGAAGUCGGAAAAUAGCAACAACAAAGCGGUUUUUCCAGUACAUUGCAAUUUUUUCCUGGGAAUGCGACUGCGUUGUUGCCAUUGUUAUCGAUUGACUAAUGAUUGUUUUCUAAACGUGUGUUCAUAUAGCACAAAACCCCCAAACAUUCAGUUUUACCUGUGAAAAAGCCCCCAUCAGCUCACACUGGACAAGCUGCAUCCGGGGCCGUGGUUCUGCUUUUUUGAUGAAUGAUUAUCAGAACAUUUCCCAGUAAAGUGUAUGCGUAUGUGGAUCUGAUCGUGCCAAGCAUUGUAUUCUGCCUUCUCAGUCCUGACAGCUGCAGCAGGGUUCUGUACACGCCACGUCCGUUUCUGCUGGAGCAGCUUGUGUCUCUGAAGCCCGUCAUUCACUUGUAAAUCUGUCUAUUGGCAUUUGACUUUAAUUUUUAAUGAUGCACUUCAACUGUUUGUGGCUUUAUGAAAUCUGAUCACGGCUCAUAAAUACUGCGCUGACCAGCUGUCAUUGCCAAGCUGCUGAUGGAACUAUUUCAGGAUCAGACAAACCCGGCGUAAACACAGGUUAAUGAUACAGGUGACAGUUCAGAGCAGCAGCAAGUUGUCAUCCGAGUAAAGCUGUCCACCUGGUUGCCAUCGGGACUCGACACAGACCAUUCAGCUCCUAGAGGUUUUCUUUCACACUGUAUGUUUGUCAUGUGAGUGUGUGAACAGCCGUGCGCUUCAUUCUGGCUUUGUAUCUUCAUCCGGUGGACAGACUUUUUCUCAUUACACAGGUCCUCUGCUCAACUUGAGACAAUUUAAAAAGGAUGGCAUAUAGGAAAAGAUUCAAAGUAUAUAUAAAUAUAUGUGUAUAUGAAAUGACAAAAUGCUCUAGGUUUAUUUAAAAGAUUUAAUGUAGAAAACAAAAUGACAAUGUUCAGGGGAGGUUGGGGUUUUGACGUGACUAGACUUGUUUGUGGUGAAGACUUCAGCUCGAAUCUUGCACAUAAAGACUUUAGAUAUUGUACCUGCGAGUUCCAGAUGAUUAUUUUUGUUUAAAGACCAGACUCUUUGCUCUUUCAUAUUUAUUGCGUGUGUGGGGAGCUGUCUCGCAUCACCUCUCCUCCACGUGUAUGAGCUCUCAGCCGAGAGCUCGCUGUAGAAACCCCUGGUUUACACCCAUCAGAAACUUUCCUUUUCAUAUACCACAGACAAACACAGAUACUACUGGCUUUGGGUUGUUCUGAGAAUACUGAUAUACAGUGAGUACGGAAAGUAUUCAGACCCUUAAAUUUUUCACUCUUUGUUAUAUUGCAGCCAUAUGCUAAAAUCAUUUGUUCAU